CCUCUGGACCUGACAGGCUGGCCCUGGAUUCUUCAGGCAUCCCUGGAGCAAGAGGCUGCCCAAGGCGUGGAGCUGGGAGGGCGCUUGGACGGAACCGUUCAGGUGGCUAGGAGCUCUGCCAGCUUUGGUCACCUUGGGCCCGGCUAGGAGCUCUGCGGCGGGAGCCUGGAGGACCGUGAACUGCUACGCGCGGUGCUGAGAGCCCAGCCCUGCCUGGCGCGGCCUCAAGCCCUGAGGGGCACCAGGUGUCCGGAACUUUGGGCACAGCCUCUGGGACUCCCUGGCCACCAGCAGACAGGAUGGUGAGCUCCCUGCAUCCUGUUCUGUGGGCACGGGUAGGCAGAGCCAGGCACUGGGGACCCCUGUGGGGUGAGUGUGUGCUGGGAACUGCCUCACACCUGAUAAAAUAGCCGGUGGAGGAGUGCUGCUCUUUUAUGUUGUCGAAUGGAUCAGCUGGGACUGAUAAGGGGAGGGGACAAAGAUCCGGCAGAGAAAGGGUUAGGGUACCCCACCAGCUUGGGCAGGCACUAGAUGUGCCAAGUGGGGCACAUCUCCAAAGGGCAGCUGGACUUCCAGAGCUGCCUGGGUUCCCCUCCCCUUCCCAGGCAGGCCUUCCCACCCCAGGCUUCCGUGACCACAGGUGCUUGCCUCCUGCCCCUUGGUGCCUGUCUGCUGAUGUGCCCAGCCUGUGCCCACCAUGCCGCCCUCCAUCUCGGCCUUCCAGGCCGCAUAUAUUGGCAUCGAGGUGCUCAUCGCCCUGGUCUCCGUGCCUGGGAACGUGCUGGUGAUCUGGGCAGUGAAGGUGAACCAGGCACUGCGGGAUGCCACCUUCUGCUUCAUCGUGUCACUGGCAGUGGCUGAUGUGGCAGUGGGCGCUCUGGUCAUCCCACUUGCCAUCCUCAUCAACAUUGGGCCACAGACCUACUUCCACACCUGCCUCAUGGUCGCCUGCCCUGUCCUCAUCCUCACUCAGAGCUCCAUCUUGGCCCUGCUGGCAAUCGCUGUCGACCGCUACCUCCGUGUCAAGAUCCCGCUCAGGUACAAGACAGUGGUGACUCCCCGAAGGGCUGUGGUGGCCAUCGUUGGCUGCUGGAUUCUCUCCUUUGUGGUGGGCUUGACACCUAUGUUCGGCUGGAACAACCUGAGUGCGGUGGAGCGGGCCUGGGUGGCCAAUGGCAGUGUAGGUGAGCCCGUGAUCAAGUGUCAGUUUGAGAAGGUGAUCAGCAUGGAGUACAUGGUCUACUUCAACUUCUUUGUCUGGGUGCUGCCCCCACUGCUGCUCAUGGUCUUCAUCUACCUGGAGGUCUUCUACCUGAUCCGCAAGCAGCUCAACAGGAAGGUGUCGGCAUCCUCCGGCGACCCGCAGAAGUACUAUGGGAAGGAGCUGAAGAUCGCCAAGUCGCUGGCCCUCAUCCUCUUCCUCUUUGCUCUCAGCUGGCUGCCCCUACACAUCCUUAACUGCAUCACCCUCUUCUGCCCUUCCUGCCAUAAGCCGAGGCUCCUCAUGUACAUCGCCAUCUUCCUCACACAUGGUAACUCGGCCAUGAAUCCCAUCGUCUAUGCCUUCCGCAUCCAGAAGUUUCGGGUUACCUUCCUUAAGAUUUGGAACGACCACUUCCGCUGCCAACCUGCACCCCCCAUCGAUGAGGAUCCUCCAGAAGAGAGGCCCGAUGACUAGACUCCACCUCCUGCCCCCAGCUGCGCACAUCUGGGGCAUCUCAGCCCAGUACUCACCUCCCUGCUGUCCUGCUCGUCUCCCUUGUCUCCCUGACUCUUCCCUACUGGCCUUUGGGCUGUGAGUGCCCUGCACCUCGAGGUCCUGGAGGAGUUUUGGGAGGGCAGUCCAUGGGGAAAGAACGAGGUAACCUGAGGGGACGAGGAAAGUGGGGGCAGCACCCUAACCCUAACCCUAACCCUCCCCACCUGCCUGACCAACCCACAGGCAGCCCAGCACAUCAGGCUGAGUGGGGCUUGGGGACACUGAGACUGCCAUGGGGCCAUGUGGGCCAGGAGGGCAAGCUCAGCUCCCGUGGCGGGAAGGGAGGGGAGUCUGCUUGUCUUAGGUGGUAGUGGUGCAGCCCUGGGACCAAGUGUAAGGAGAGGAGAAUAUCCCCGCCAAGAUGGAGGGAAGGGGAGAAACUAGAUGUCCUGGCCUUGUUUUCUCUCCUGUUCUGUAGCAGAAGGUGGCCAGAGCCACUGACAGGCAGGAAGCAAGGAGCCUCAGUCCCCACCUCCCAGAACCCUGUGUUCCUGGCCAUGCUGCAUGCCAGGGUGCCUGCUCUCUUUGCCCUGGGGAUCCCAGGGUUAUACUUGGGAGAGGCCGAAAGAACGAGUCCAGAAAUAAUUUCCAGUAUUUGCUUUAUUCUCCACUAGCCCUUGGACCUGAGUGGGGGCUCCGAGCUCUCUGGAGCUAAUGUGGAAUGGUAGGUGUGGGCCUCAAACAGCCACUGGGAGACAGUGUUGAGCCCUCAUUCUUGCCUUGAGCCUCCCAAGUAGGAGACUUGGAGUGUAACUGCCUGUCCUCUGGGCCACCAGCUCUCGGUGAUGGGCAUGUGCCCUCCUAGGUGACACCCAUCUCUGUUGCUUCUGAGCCAGAUGGAGAGGAGAACCCCAGACAUGCCAGCUCUUGGGAGCAUUCUGCCUGCCUGGGGAGCGGAUGAAGAAGGGAAAGUGGGCUGCUGUGGUCAUGCUGGGAUGAAGUGUGACAGGGUGGUCAGGCCAGAGGAGACUACCCUCCUGGGUGUAUGGGCAGGAAGGUCUUACCAGAAUUUAGGUACCCUCAGUACCCCUGACACUUAGCACAGUGUUCAUGGGCUUUGAGGCUCUGUUGCAGAGUCUAGGCCUUUAGCCUAAACCCUUGGGGAAGGGUCUACUCCUGGCCAAGCCCAAAGCUCCUUAUACAGAAGAAUGAGGGGCCAGGUUCUAAGUGUGAAUAGCAACUCCAGACAUGAUUCCAGGCCCUCCCCUCUCUCAGAGGUGGGAUAUCCCCUGGCUCCCAGGGCGGGCCACUUGACUAAUAAAAGACUGUGAACCCUCAUGGAGAACGUACCCCACCACCGUCUGAGGGCAACAAACAACCUCAACAGAGAAAAAGCAAUGGUGGGGGAUAGGGAGAGGUGAAGAGAGGGGGCACUGGGAGGCAUUUGGAGCAAGGAGGGUUCCAAAGAAGGGUGUGUCUGUUCCUAUAGUUAUCCUCUUAGGGUAGCAAACGCUGCAUGUGAAAUGAGAUCCUAAAAAAUCUCAUAUCUGGAAAAGCCCCAUGACACCGCGAGCCCCCUCCCACGGGCACCUUCCUCAUGGUGUCAGAGGUGGAGACCCCCUCAUGGUGACACAUUCAACAGCCCCCUCGUGGUGACGCAGUGCCGCCCCCAUCGUGAUGAUGCUCAUUGUCACAGAGGCCCCUGCACUGUAUCACCACACACCUUUAUUCAAGUGCUUCUCGCCCAGUGUACAGCUCCCUGCAGGAGCGCUCCAGUCUCUGCACUUUCCAGGGCCCCUUGUAUCCAGGAAGCCUGGCCUGGGGCCUGCUAGGCAGGUACCAAGGAGCAAAGCCAUCAGUCAUCACUAUGGAGAUGGGGACCUCUGGCCUCCGUGGAGCUUGAUUCUGGGCCUGGCUGCCCUGAACCCUCAGGCCUGCAGCACCUAGCAGAGAACAUGUUUUAUGAGCCCCUGCUGUUAGGCAGAGCUGGGCUAUACGUGCCCUGCUGAAGGGGUGAUAUGGGGAGGGCGAAGCAGUACCCCUCUUCCUUUCCCAGGCCUCCUUCCCCUUAGGCCCUUGGGCCCAAAGCCCAGGUCUCAGCUCUGCCCACUGCAGCUCCAGGAUACAUCCUCACUAGUCCAGGGCCUCAGAACCACCUGGGGAGGGCAGUCAGGGCAAGGAUGUUGCCCCUACUUCUCUGACUGAGGAAACAGGUCCAAGGGAAGGCCCUGGCCUAAGGUCUUUCAGAGCCAGGACUAGAUCCUGUCCUCUGACCAUCCACUGAAUCCCUUCCACUGAAUGCCCAUCCCUUCCAGGCCUCGCCAGCAGCACCCUGCCCUGCAGCGUCUGUGGAGCACCCCCAGGACUGUGCGUGUUCGUUGCCUGUGACUGCAGAUUUGUACUCAGAGCUGGAUGCCCCCUUCCCUUCUCACUCCCACCCCUGCUCCUGGCCUCCACCCCCAGAGGCAGCGGAGGGAGUGCAUGCAGCCACUUACCUUCCUGCUCAUCACAGCCUCCACCAGUGGCUCUUCAGUGUGUGGCUGAGGCUGGGAGAGAUCUGAAGCGCUCAGCCUCGUCUAGUCCAGCAGGAGAAGAGGUGGCUUCUCCUGGUCUCCCAUCCAUUGGAGGGUUCCUAAGGAGUGACCCCUCUCAAGUCCUCACCUUUGACCUCCAGCCGGCAGUCCACAGAUGCCUCCCCCAGCACAUUGAUGGCCUUGCAGGUGUAGACCCCGGAAUCGAAGGGGCUGGGUUUCCGGAUCUCCAGGGUGCAGACACCUUGCUCAGAGAGGGCGCGGUAUUUGGGAUCACCCUGGAUGUCCAUCUUGUUUUUCAUCCAGAUGAUCCUGGGCUGGGGAAGCAAGGUCAGAGGAGAGCUGGGAAGUUUGUGGGCCAGGACGAGGCUCUCGAAGGCCAUCCUCCACUUAGGGAAAGAUGCCUGGGAAGAUUCUUCAACCCCGGUGCCCCUGCCCAAGGCACAGCAGGGCCCUGCCCCUCACCUUGGGUGACGCUCGGACACUGCAGAAGAGCUGCGUGCUGUAGCCAGGGGUGGAGGUGUGGUCAGCCAGGGGCUGGGUGAACGAGGGGGCUUCUGAGAAGUCUCGCUCAACAAAACUUUUAGGUUUGGCAACAAUAUCUGGUUUGGAGGGAGAAAGUAGGGUGAAUUUGAGGUUACAGGAGGAGACCUCUUAAGACUGACUUCAUCCAUUUUCUUAAAAUCACUACAGCUUACACUUCGGUAUGCCAUUUAAUCUACACAGCAUUCCUUUGCAAGGAUAAAUUUGUCAUCCCCAGUUGACAGAUGGAAAACUAAGACCCUCCAUAGAUGAGGGACUUGCCCAAUAUCACGUAGUGAGUUUGCGGCUUACGCGAUGGAAGGUCACAUGAUGACUAUGGCUCUCUGAGCAGAGAGCUGGUGGUCUGGAGGAAAAUUAAGGGCGGGAGACAAUCCAUUUCACCCCUGCCUCCUCAUCUGGAGCCCCAUGGCAGGACCCUAGGCUCCUGGGGUCUUUGGGAAGCCAGGCACAGCCAACAUGCCGGAGCUUAGAGGCAGAACGUCUCAAAGAGGCAGAGGAAAGCCGGAACGACAGCUGGGUGAGUCACAGAGGGGAGGAGAGAGGGGAGUGGGCAGCAAAACCAAACAGAUGAGAUGAUCCUGGCUGAGGGUGGAGACUAAAAACCCAGGGAUUCUACAUUUCAUUUCUGUUUGUCUUUGGAGACUUGACUGGCUUUCUUCUUUUAAAUGAAAAUUUCUUCCUAAUUCUGUGCA